AUUAAUCGAAGAAGUACAAUUUUCACCAGUAGAGGGCGGCAUUGUACGUCUGUCAUGUGAUGAGUAAAGUUUUUCUCGGUCACCUGUCACUAAAAUAGUCUUGGUAUUUUAUAAACCGUGAAAAACUUGCAGAAUGGCCCAGAUACGCAGCGUUGUUCUCCACACAUUCUGGUGGCUUUUCUUGGCCACUAGCAUAGUGCUUAUCUUCCAAUUCGUUCUUACUGGCAAAGGUGAACGUGUAAGUGUUGGUUGGUUCCUAGCAUCCACAUCACCAUAUAUGUGGGCAUGUCUUGGAAUUGGCUUGUCGGUGGCAUUAUCUGUGGUAGGAGCAGCUCUGGGCAUUCAUACAACAGGCACCAGCAUUGUGGGCGGUGGUGUAAAAGCUCCACGAAUAAAGACAAAGAAUUUAAUUUCAGUCAUCUUUUGUGAGGCUGUCGCCAUUUAUGGACUCAUCACUGCUAUCGUUUUAUCCGGAUUGUUGGAAUCGUUUACAAUGUCCUCAGCACUAGAGAAUCAAACUGUAAUGAAUAAUAAUUGGUUUGGAGGAUACGUGAUGUUUGGUGCAGGGUUGGCAGUUGGUUUGGUGAAUCUAUUCUGUGGUAUUGCUGUUGGCGUUGUUGGCUCCGGCGCUGCGCUUGCUGAUGCAGCUAAUUCAGCGCUUUUUGUGAAAAUUUUGAUUGUGGAAAUUUUCGGUUCAGCCAUUGGACUUUUCGGUCUGAUUGUAGGCAUUUACAUGACGUCCAAAGUUAAAAUGGGUGACAAGAGAGACUAAGCUAAAAAUGCAAUGCAGGAGGUUGGUACGAGCAAUUAAAAACACAGCACAGCUCAAAGAAAAGUACCAUACAUAACAUAUAUACAUGUCUAAAUUAGUCAACAUGCUCUUGAAAGCAAUUAAAAAUUCCACUCAAAAACAAUGAUGAAGUCUUUCACUCAUUCUUCGUUUUUGGAUUAUACUUAUUAUCAAUUCGUAUUAGAAGUACAUAUUUUGAUUAGUCAAAUUAAAAUUUAUCUACCUAAAAGAGCACAAUGGUUCACCGCAAUUCGAAAUAAGCCACAAAUUACCCAACUCAUUCCACAUAAUACAAAUAUUUGAUGAGCAGAGUAUUUGAAUAUCAUAAUUUAAAUGUGUGCCAAUAGGCCUAGAAAAAGAAUUGAUGAUACUGCUCAACAGCAAAAAAAAAAUUCAACAAUAUACGAAAAACAAAAAAUAAUGAAAUUACGACUAACAACUUGAUUCUCUCAUUGGGGACAAACCGAAAAUUCUGCUACAAAAACGAUCGACUCUGGUAUCAUCAAAUCGAACAGCGUCUUGGACAUAGUUACAGUGCUGUAUAGUGUGUUGUAUUAAGUUUAAUAUUUGCUAAUUUAAUUAAGCUAAGGUAAGUUCGGCUGUUUAAGUCCGAUUCAAAACGAAUUUCAAUAGUUUUAUGUUGGCGACUUGUACAUAAAUAUCAGCAUCAAAUAACAUCUAUACAUACAUAUUAAGACAUAUGUAUGUAUAUCAAUUUACUUACUAUUACUUUGAAAUUCGAUUUGAAUCCACAUGAGGCACGAACCAUUAGAUAUUAUAAACAAAAAACAUUAAAACGAGUGUGUGUUCCCUUUUUGUAGAUUAUUUAUUGUUAAUGUAUAAAGGAUUAACCAUACUUAUUUUAUACAUUUAACUGCAUAUUAAGAUUUAUUGUAUGUACUAAAUUAUCCAGUGUAUAAAACGGCAUAUGUUAAUGUAUAAACAAAUUUAACGAAAGUAUUCAACAAUAAAUUUAUGUUGCUGGUUCUCUUUACAGAAAUU